UAGGCGUCUCUGCUUGUCCCACUCUCACGCCCUCCUAGGGUUUCAGAGUCGCCGCGCUUCUUCUAGCAUUGAAUUUUUCUUCAACUGCUUCAUCACUCUUCUCAGUGUUCACUGCUUUAUUGGUUAAUUAUCUGUGAGGUUCUUUCUCCGUCUCUUCUUUGUGAUUAGAUUUGUAUGCUUCAGGUUCAGAUGGCUAUGGAGGUUACUCAAAUUCUUCUAAAUGCACAAGCAGUGGAUGGCACUGUACGGAAACAGGCAGAAGAAAACUUGAAACAGUUUCAGGAACAGAAUCUUCCAAGUUUUUUGUUUUCUCUUGCUGGUGAAUUGGCAAAUGAUGAGAAGCCUGCAGAGAGUCGAAAGCUUGCAGGUCUAGUUCUUAAGAAUGCCCUGGAUGCAAAAGAACAACACAGAAAAAUAGAAUUUGUCCAAAGAUGGUUAUCAUUGGAUCCAACAGUCAGAGCCCAGAUCAAAGCAUUCUUGUUAAAGACCCUUUCCUCCCUUUCUCUGGAUGCUCGAUCAACGGCAGCACAAGUUAUUGCAAAGGUUGCUGGUAUUGAGUUGCCACACAAGCAAUGGCCUGAACUGAUAGGAUCUCUCUUAUCAAAUAUUCCUCAACUUCCUGCUCCUACAAGGCAGGCAACUCUCGAGACUCUUGGAUACAUCUGUGAAGAAGUCUCCCCUGAUGUGGUAGAUCAGGACCAUGUAAAUAAGAUACUCACAGCUGUUGUUCAGGGCAUGAAUUCUUCUGAAACUAAUAAUGAUGUCAGGCUUGCUGCAAUUCAAGCUUUAUACAAUGCGUUGGGUUUUGCUCAAGCAAAUUUUUCGAAUGAUAUGGAGUGUGACUACAUAAUGAGAGUUAUUUGUGAGGCUACUCUUUCCCCUGAAGUGAGGAUUCGACGAGCAGCUUUUGAGUGUUUGGUUGCCAUUUCGUCAACAUACUAUGAAAAGCUGGCUCCUUAUAUGCAAGAUAUUUUCAACAUUGCUGCCAAGGCUGUGAAAGAAGAUGAGGAGCCAGUUGCACUUCAAGCUAUUGAGUUCUGGAGUUCAAUUUGUGAUGAAGAAAUAGAUAUACUAGAAGAAUACGGAGGAGAUUUUAGUGGUGAUUCUGAUAUUCCUUGCUUUUACUUUAUUAAGCAAGCACUUCCAGCUCUUGUCCCCAUGUUAUUGGAGACACUAUUAAAGCAAGAAGAGGAUCAAGAUCAAGAUGAAGGCGCAUGGAACAUAGCUAUGGCUGGUGGCACAUGUUUGGGCCUGGUUGCUCGAACAGUCGGUGAUGAUAUUGUGCCUCUGGUUAUGCCAUUCAUUGAAGAGAAUAUAACAAAACCAGAUUGGAGGCAAAGGGAAGCUGCAACGUAUGCUUUUGGCUCCAUUCUUGAAGGACCAUCACCUGAUAAACUCGUACCACUUGUAAAUGUUGCUUUGAACUUUAUGCUCACUGCAUUAAUGAAGGAUCCAAACAAUCAUGUAAAGGAUACUACUGCCUGGACUCUUGGACGAAUGUUUGAAUUUUUACAUGGCUCAGCUCUGGAAACACCAAUUAUUACUCAGGCUAAUUGUCAACAGAUUAUUACAGUGUUGCUUCAAAGCAUGAAAGAUGUUCCCAAUGUUGCUGAGAAGGCAUGUGGCGCUCUUUAUUUUCUUGCCCAAGGCUACGAGGAUGCUGGAUCUUCAUCCUCUCCAUUGACACCCUUUUUUCAAGAUAUUGUCCAAGCACUUCUUACUGUUACUCACAGAGAGGAUGCUGGAGAGUCACGCCUUCGUACGGCAGCCUAUGAAGCCUUAAAUGAAGUAGUGAGGUGUUCUACUGAUGAAACAACUCCAAUGGUGGUACAAUUAGUUCCCAUUAUCAUGAUGGAGCUUCACCAGACUCUUGAGAAUCAGAGCCUUACAGCUGAUGAGAGGCAGAAUGAGCUACAAGGCCUUCUCUGUGGUUGCUUGCAGGUCACCAUACAAAAGUUAGGUUCAUCAGAGCCAACAAAAUAUCAUUUCGUGCAGUAUGCUGACCAAAUGAUGGCCCUGUUCCUAAGAGUCUUUGCUUCUCAAAGCGCCACAGCACAUGAGGAGGCUAUGCUUGCCAUUGGAGCUCUGGCUUAUGCAACAGGAUCAGAUUUUGUUAAAUACAUGCCAGAAUUUUACAAGUAUCUGGAGAUGGGACUACAAAAUUUUGAGGACUACCAGGUUUGUGCCAUUACAGUAGGCGUCGUUGGUGAUGUAUGUAGGGCCUUGGAGGAUAAGAUAUUGCCUUAUUGUGAUGGAAUAAUGACCCAACUUUUGAAGGACUUGUCAAGUAACCAGCUGCAUCGGUCUGUGAAGCCUCCUAUAUUUUCUUGCUUCGGAGACAUUGCUUUGGCAAUUGGUGAAAACUUUGAAAAGUACUUGUUAUAUGCCAUGCCCAUGCUUCAGAGUGCUGCUGAACUAUCUGCUCACACAUCAGGUGCUGAUGAUGAUAUGAUAGAGUACACAAAUUCCUUGAGAAAUGGAAUCUUGGAGGCAUACUCAGGGAUCUUCCAAGGGUUUAAGGGUUCCCCAAAGACUCAACUCUUGAUGCCCUAUGCUCCUUAUAUACUGCAGUUUUUGGAUAGUUUGUACAUGGAGAAGGACAUGGAUGAUGUUGUGACAAAGACAGCAAUUGGUGUCCUUGGAGAUUUAGCUGAUACAUUGGGUAGUAAUGCGGGACCCUUGAUCCAGCAAUCUGUGUCCAGCAAAGACUUUCUCAAAGAGUGCUUGUCAUCUGAUGAUCAUUUGGUUAAGGAAUCUGCUGAAUGGGCCAAGUUGUCUAUCAGUCGAGCCAUAUCAUUUUGAGGCAAUUGCUAUUUCAUGGGUCAUUGUUCUUGCAUGCAUCUGCGUGUUGAGUGAGUCACAAUUGCAUACCAUGAGUCGGGUCAUCACCAUUUUUGGGCUCAAGUGCUUGAGUACAGCUGUCUGCGUUUCUUGUCAGCAAUAUGAAGUCUUCUUUUUCCAUUUCAUUUUUUAUUUAUUUGUUCUGCAUUGCUAUGGAGGAUGGUGGGUGGUGAUUAGAUUUUCUGCUAACUUGGCAGAAAAUGUGGAGUUUUUGUUGCAGGAGGAAAAAUGAAGUUAAGGGUGAGGAUGGAGAAAAAAUGAUUUUCCCAUGAAACAAAUGCCAAUGCUGUCUCUGUUGGCUUCGCUUGAUUAUAUUUCUUCAUAUGAGGUGGCGGUGUACUGUCUGAUAUUUGGUGGGUUGUAAAGCCUUAACGGGAGGGAUCCAGUCUGUCCUUGUCUUUUUGUUAUUUGUCCUCUAUUAUUUGGUUGUAGAGUGGAAAACAGUUGUCUUAGUCAAUGUCUUGGAAUAGGUAAUGAAACAUAUCUGCGGUCUAGUGAAAUUAGUCAAUCAUUCUUCAUCCAUUAUUCUGUAUUGAGUCCCCCUCCCCCCCCAAAAAAAAAACAGAGAAAAAAAAAGGAGAAAAACUUCAUGAAUCUGUUCGUCUUGAGCUUCUACGAAUAACCUGUCAUGAAGUGAAUCAUCAUAUUUUCUUUUGAUACGAAUCCCAUGCUUAGCAUGGGUGUUUCAGGAGGAAUACAUAAUGCUAAUAAAGUCUCUUGUGGUUGUGCAUAGCAAAGUAAUUAUUA